AGCGCAGCGCAUGCGCCAACCAGUUGCGACAGUUCUUGUGCCAGCUAGACACGUGUUUUGCUUGCCGACUCGUCAACGACGAAGAAAUUGCGAAGUUAUCAAGCAGAAGAUCCAGUUAUUAGCUAAGUUCCAUUUUAAUCUUUUAUUUGUGCGGUUUAUCUGCACAAAGAUUUUCCUUUUUGCUUUAUUUUGCUACGAGGCCUGACAUUCUAUCUCGGGCAGCAUGGCGUCCUCUGACGAUGGGGGCGUGACCGAACAGGAUUCUUGCAAACCCAAAGGCAAAGAAUCUUCUGACGGUUACAAUUGUGGCUCGUUGGAAAAUUUUGAUUUGCAAUCCUUAUUGAUAAAUAUUCAAGCGAAUGUGGCUCAAAACAGUCAAGUUUUGGCUUCCCUAGUUGCUGAGAGGAAUGAAAGCUCAUUUUCUGAGAUCGAGGGACCUCUCCCGAAACGUAAAAGAGCUGACCCCUUGCUUGGGGACUGCUGCUCCCCUGCCUCUGAUGAUGGUUCCUUUAUUGUAGCUUCCUUGAAAGCAAAUAAUGUAGCAUCCAUGAAUGCCAACAAUGUAGCAUCCACGAAUGUUAAUAAUGUAGCAUCCACGAAUGCUAAUACGUUAGCAUCUACGAAUGCAUUCACUUCUGCUGCUCAAUCAGCAUAUAGGCCAUCCGAUGAGGAUGCUAUGAGUCUUUUUGGGGGUCUUGAAUUUGAUACAAAUGAGGAUGAAGGCGUCAACAUUGAUAACAAUGCCUUGCUUUCAUUGAUAGGUGAAGCCCUUGUGCCAUCAGAGGUAAAGGGCCCGCCAAUUUCAGAACACCUUGCAGGCAUUGUGAACACAAAAUUUUCUGCAGACUUUGACCUUGAAAAAAGGAAGGAAAUUCUUAGUAAGUACAAGGUCCCAAAAAACUGCACAUCAUUGUUUGUACCCAAGGUCAACCCAGAAAUUUGGGGAAAAUUGAGCCCUUAUGUAAGAGGAAACGAUGUAAGAUCAAGUACAAUCCAAGAUACCCUUCUUAGAUUGACAGGUGCCAUUUCCUCUUCAAUUGAAGAUUUGUUGAAGGCACGCGAGGAAAAGAAGACCCCUGACUAUAAAUCAAUAAUAUCCAAGCUUUUUGACACCAUUGCUAUUUUGGGUCAUGUUAACAAAGAGCUCUCGUAUAAACGAAGAGAAGCUUUGAAGCCAAAUCUAAGUCAGGAGUUUAAGCAGGCUUGCUCACGCAGUUUGAAACCGGGCGAAUUUCUUUUUGGCGAUAACCUACCAGAAACAUUGAAAACCCUCCGAGCAACAUCUCGAAUUGUUAGUGCAGCAACUAAAACCAACGACCCACAGCAAAAUUUUAGAAUGAACAAAAAUUUUCAGCCGAGGCCUUUUUUAGGGCAGAGAGGGAGGAUGCAACAUCCUCCCAGAAUGCAAUACCAUCAAAGACCUUACAGUCAGCAACAAAACUCUCAACCCCAACAACAGUUUGCAAGAAAGAAAUUCACAAAGAAUUAGAAAAUGUCAAAAAACAGUUGCAUCCUGGCAGUUUUGCAGAAGAUAAAACAGGACAAUGCAACAGGAGUAGUAGUAGUCCCAAAGUGGUCAACGCAAUCGUGGUAUCCAGUACUGAUGUCAAUGCUAUGCAAGCUACCAAUCCAGCUGUACCCAG